AUGGCAGACGCUGCGCCAUCGACAGCGCCUAAGGCGAAGGCGCCAAAAACCAAGGCUCCUAAAGAGAAGGCUGCCAAGGCGGCUCCAGCGGCUCCUGCUGAGCCCCCGAAGGCAGUGCGCAAAGUUUCCUCCAAGGCUCGUCAUGGAAGACUGUACGCCAAGGCAGUAUUCACAGGAUACAGACGUGGUCUCCGUAACCAACACGAGAACACUGCCCUUUUGAAGAUCGAAGGUGCCAAAGGCCGUGAAGACGCGAUAUUCUAUGCUGGCAAGAAAUGCGUGUAUGUAUACAGAGCCAAGAAAAGGACCCCAAUUCCCGGAGGUCCCCGUGGAAAGAAGACCAAGUUGAGGGCGAUCUGGGGCAAAGUAACCCGUCCCCAUGGUAACAAUGGCAGUGUGCGUGCCAGGUUCAAGUCUAACCUGCCAGCACAAGCUAUGGGACACAGGAUACGAGUGAUGUUGUAUCCAUCAAGGAUC